CAGCAGCUUAAAAACCCAUUUUCGAUUACCCUUUUACAGAAGCCAUGGCGAUGACGAUGGGGGAGCUCUGGACUCAAGUCGGCUCUUUAAUGGCCACCCUCCUGUUUGUUUGGGCAAUUAUUCAGCAAUAUUUCCCUCACCAACUCCGUGGCCAUGUCCAGAGAUAUGCCCACAAACUCACCGGUUUUCUUUACCCUUACAUCACUAUCACCUUCCCUGAGUACACUGGCGAGCGUCUCAGCCGUAGUGAAGCCUUUACCGCCAUCCAAAACUACCUCGCUUCCCGAAGCUCCAUCCGGGCCAAGCGUAUGAGAGCAGAGGCGGUCAAAGAUAGCAAAUCUCUGAUACUCAGUAUGGAUGAUAAUGAAGAAGUUAUUGACGAAUUUGAAGGCGUCCAAAUCUGGUGGACUUCCAGUAAAACUACGUCCAAGAAUCCCUCUGUUUCUUAUUACCCUUCAAAUGAUGAGAGACGAUUCUACAAGCUCACUUUCCACCGCCGCCACAGGGACACCAUUCUUGGGUCUUUUAUUAACCACAUCAUGGAACAGGGCAAGGCGGUGGAGCAGAGGAAUCGGCAGCGGAAGCUUUAUAUGAACAACGCCAAGAACGACUGGGGGCAUAAAAGCAACUGGAGGCAUGUUCCUUUUGCGCAUCCUGCUAAUUUUAAGACUCUGGCCAUGGAUCCGGAGAAGAAGCAGGGGAUUAUCAACGAUUUAAUCAAGUUUAAGAAUGGAAAAGAGUAUUAUGAGAAAGUGGGUAAGGCUUGGAAACGUGGAUAUCUUCUGUAUGGUCCGCCGGGGACUGGGAAGUCCACCAUGAUCGCCGCCAUGGCCAAUUUCAUGGAGUAUGAUGUGUAUGAUUUGGAGCUGACAUCCGUUAAGGAUAAUAGUGAGCUGAAAAAGCUAUUGAUUGAGGUAUCGAAUAAAGCAAUGAUUGUGAUUGAGGACAUUGAUUGCUCUCUUGAUCUUACCGGCCAACGGAAGAAGAAGAAAACAGAGGAUGGGGAAGAAACGGAGGAGAAGAAAGACCCUGUUAAGAGGGCAGAGAAAGACGAGGAGAAACAGAGCAAGGUGACACUUUCUGGGUUGUUGAAUUUCAUCGACGGGAUUUGGUCGGCGUGCGGGGGGGAACGGCUGAUAAUCUUCACGACCAAUCACAAGGAGAAGCUUGAUGAAGCUUUGAUUAGAAGGGGAAGAAUGGACAAACACAUAGAGAUGCCAUUCUGUGGGUUCGAAGCUUUCAAAGUUCUUUCGAGGAAUUACUUGGACGUUGAAUGGCAUGAUUCGUACCACAAAAUUAGGAAAUUGUUAGAGGAAGCCGAGAUGAGUCCGGCGGAUGUGGCUGAGAAUUUGAUGCCGAAAUAUGAGGGUGAAACAACGGAUGAUUGUUUCAAGAGAUUGGUGGAAGCUCUUGAGGAUGCGAAAGAGGAAGCAGAGAAGAAGAAGAAGAAGAAAGCAGAGGAAGAAGGUGAAGCCGCAAAAAUGGCAGAAACAGAGGAGGCUGAGAAGAAGAAAACGGAAACUGCCAAUCAACAUUCAUCCAAAGAAACAAGAGAAUAAUUGAGGAUAAAUAACUAUUUUAAAUAUUGUAUUUUUUUUAAAAAAAAAUAAAUAAAUCUAUUACAUUUGUUAAGUGACGAAA